AUGUUCGAGACAGGCAAGCAAGGAACAACAGUGUCCAUUUCCAAUCUUUUUAAAUUUUUGCCUGUUCGACGUCAAGAACUUUUACGUUCUUCAAAACGGGAAUUGUUGAAAUUAAUUGAUUGUGUUCAAGCAUUUGCUAUUUCACAUCCAAAAUGUCGUUUUAAUUGCUCAAAUGUAGUUAACGGAAAACCUUCACAAUUACUUUCCUCGCCAGGUGGAAAUACUCAAUUAAUUGAUGUAAUUACUAAUUUACUUGGAACUCCAAAAAAUGAAUUACUUGAAUUGUCUGAAUCAAUUCCAGAAGAAGAUAUUCAACAAAUUUAUAAAAUUAAUAAUAUAAAUUGUGAAAAUAUAUUUAAACAAAUAAGCAAUUUUGAAUAUGGACGCUGUAAAAUUGUUAAAGAAAAACAUUUUGUAUAUGUUAAUGGAAGGCAUAUUGAAUCACAAAGGUUAUCAAAAAUUGCAAAUGAUUUGUAUGGUCAAUACAAUAAAUGUGGGCAACGUUGUAUUUUAAUUCUUUUUAUUUCUAUUCCUUCAUCAACUUUGGAUGUGAAUGUUACUCCUGACAAGAAAACUUUAUUUUUACAUUUUGAAAAAGAGCUUUUUGCGAAACUCCAUUCAACACUCAUUUCCACUUUUUCUAAAGUCCAAGGCCAAUGUUCAACUACUUUAUUUGAAGAUUUAGUCCAAAAUAAAUCUUAUUCAUUAGCAAAAUCCCAACGUUUAUUUUAUGAUUUUAAAUCGUCUACUAAUCUUUUAAAUAAUUUGAAAAAAUUGGAAAGAACUGACAGUGGUGGGUCCACGAAUGUUAUUCAGAUUGAUGAUGAUUUUUGGUUCGUUUUUUCAAAUAAUUCGUUAGAUUUUAAGAUUUAG